GAUUACUUCUUUAUCGGCAAUGUCAAAGUGACGUAAAUGACGGUUUGACUAAGAUUGUCGAAAUCCUGCAGUCGUGAAUCGUCUCCACUUAGAUCUGCUGCGAUGAGUGAAGGAGAAUUUAGUGAGGAAAUCCAAAAAAUAUUAGGAGAUAUUGUUUUUGAACAUUUUCCAUGUGGCCCCAUUUAUCAAGAUGUAAAUAAGAUUUAUGCGGAUUUAGUGUUUGAAAAAGAUGAAUUAGCUGGUAUUUACUAUUUAAAAGAAUCCCAUGCACCUGGUUUACGAACAAGAGCUGUUACACAUUUUGCAAAAGACAAUGGAAGUGGAGAUUCAAUGCGUUUAAAUUGGAAAUAUUUAGAUUUUCCCAAUGAUAAAUCACCUAGUAUUACUAAUAUAUUAGAGAUGCAAAACCAAAUUAGGGAUAUGCCGGAAGAGUGGACGAUUGUUCAAAUAACUACAAAAUAUAAUCCCGAAGAAAACGUUUGUGUUCAAUCAAAUAAAUCAUUUACAAAUGAUUUAUUUAUAACUGUUUUUCCAUGUGGAAAUAAAAAACAAUUAAAACCAUUUUCAGUAAAAGUAUUAGCUCCUAAAGAUGUAUCAGGUGCAGUAAUGAACAUUAAAGGAGAGAUGGAUUCAAUUGUUAAUGAUAAUAACACUUUAUUGUCAUCGAGUAAAACAAUUUCAACUCAUAGUCAAAAAAAGGAUUAUGCAUCUUCUAGAUCAGACUUAAAUAAUAGACUUAAGUGUCUCAUUAAAGAUAUUCAAAAUGAAUGGUUGGGUGGUUGGAGAUGUUUAUUAAUAGGUACUCCAAUUGGAAAAGAUGAGAAAGUUAUUGAUAAAGCAUUAGAAGUAAUUCUCCAAGAUGUUCCGAAUCAAUCUCAAAUAACCGAAAAAACUAAAAGUAUUUUAAAACGCAUCUUAUUAGGAAGCAGUCAUUUAAAACUGUGCGAAAUAAAAAAAUGUGUAUCAUAUUGUUUUUCAAGCAAUGAAACUGCUGUUUUAGUUUCGAGGGCUAUUUAUCAAUUUUCUAAAACAAAAUCAUUACUUAAUACUACUAAAUUAAAUUCCGUUAUUUUAAUAGUUGAAGAGAAAUUAGAUAUAAUUCCGUUUGAAAUGAUAGAUGUUCUUCACAAUCAACCAGUAACUCGUUUGCCAUCGUUACAUUUCGUUUACGCUUUAUUUAAGCAAUAUGAAAAACGCAUAAAAAACGGCUGUAUUUCUUGGUUUAAUUGUUGUAACGGGAAUUACAUUUUAAAUCCUGAUAAAGAUUUAACCAGUAUGGAAAAAAGAAUAAGAACGUUUAUAGAAAAACGAGCCCCAGAGUGGCGGGAACCCACUCCCAAUAAUAAUUUUGAACAAUCCAUUCUUAAUUCUGACGUUUUUAGUUAUCAUGGUCAUGGAUCUGGUUCCAAACAUUACCCAGUGGAAAAAAUAAAAAAUCUUUCUAUUAAAUGUGUUGUAUGUUUGUUUGGUUGUGGUAGUACGAGUUAUUUAAAAUUGGGAGCUCAAUUAGAAAUGUAUGGGACUCAUCAAAUGUAUUUGUUGGGAUGUUGUCCAUCGAUUAUUGGGGCGCAAUGGACUGUAACUGAUAUUGAUACAGAUGUUCUUUCAACUCAGCUUUUCAAUCUUUGGUUGCCACCCACUGAAAAUUUUAAUUGGAAUCUUGUGGAUAGGAAAUCUUGGGAGCAAAAUGGUGAAAUAACCUUUUCUAAAUCUUCAACAAAACAGAAUAUUAAACCUUCACAUGAAGUUGAGCUAUUAAGAGCUUUAUGUAAUGCAAAAAGAACUCCAUCUCAACUUCUUACUCAAGCUGCUUUUGUAGCUAGAGGCUUACCAGUUUCGUUUUAAAUUUGUGUUAAUUUACACUGUACAAAAUAAAUAAACUCUUAAAAUUU